UGGGAAUCUCAUCCGUGUUCAGUCGGCAGCGACGACGACAACUCAACAUUCGUCGUAGUCUCCGCUUUAGUUGACAAGUUCGUGCCCGUGUGUUUAUAGUGUUACCUGACUGUGUUUAUAUAUAUAUAUCCCUCCCUACUCCCCCCCACUUCAAAAAUAAAAAGAAAGAAGAAGAAGAAAACCCACAAGAAACAUUGAGAUAGUUUGCGAAUGCGCGAACGUACGUGACGCUAACAUUUUUCAGCAGUGCAAGGCAAACUUGAGACAAAACAAAAACAAAAAUCACUCGUCGUGUUUGCCAGUGAAACUCGAGAGGAGGAUCAACAAUCCAAUUGAUCAACAAUCGAAAACUUUGUUGUUGUUGUUGGCAUAGAAGAGCAGAGCAGAAAUGGGAGACGGCGAAUCGAGUGCAAACAACAGCAGUUGCAGAAGCAGUCCAGUCAGUUUGGCCGAUCACCAGCACAAACUGACGGACGCGAUCAACACGAGCAGAGACAGUUCGCCGCCAUUGUCCGGUUCGGUCAAGGAGGAAGAGAGCGGCGCCAGGAGUCGGGGCACGUCGAGUCCGUGCGGGAACGCCAUCAACAACAAGCCGUCGGCGCAUCUUUCCUUUUCCAUCGCGCGGCUCAUCAACACGCCCAUGCCCUCGGCCGACGACGACAACUCGCCGACCACAUCGCCAGCUCCCGACCACAGGCCGUCGGCAUCGCAGGCGUCCACCGUCCAAGCGCCGCCCGUUUACCCGAUCCCGAUGAUGUGGGCGCCGACGACGACGACGACGUCCGGCACAAACGCCACCACCGCCAACACCAGGCCGUCGGCAUUUGCAUCUCAAAUGAUGGCCGGCUAUUUGCCUGCGCAGCCCUUGGCCGACGUCGGUGGCAACGGCGCCAGUUUCAAUCAAAUGUUGCGCAACGUUCUGAUGCAUCAGCCGACGGACGCGCUGGCUGCGCUGAUGCGACACUACCAGCAACAGUUUUACGCCAGCGGACAUGCGUUGCCGUUUGCGGCCCACGCCGUCGGACCGUUGCCGCCCGCGUUGAAUUUGAGUGCGGCCAAUUCGAGUGGCACAUCGUCGUCGGCUGCCAAUUUGCAUAAAGUGGAAAUCUUGCGAUCGGCCGCCUCGGCGUCGCUUCACCACCACCAGCAAAAUCGACCGACGCCCCUUUUGGCACCUCAUCGUCUUCACGAUUUUUGGUUUCACCCGGGAUUCGUUCAACAACAACAACAACAACACGGCCCGUCUGCGCCAUUCAAAUCGGCCUUCGUCAAACCCACCGUUAGGCCUAACCAACAACAGCAACAACAUUCCAACCCGGUUGGUCAUGGCGCUAAAUCGAGUAACGCGUCGUCGUCGUCGCACCACCACCACCACCAACAACAAAAACAACAAGAGCAUCCGUUUGUCGGGUCCGUCAAACGGAAACAAGUGCAAGACGACGAAGAGGAGGAGGAGGAGGACGAAGAUGAGGAAGUGAUGAUUGGCGAUGGCGAUGACGUAGACGAAGAGGACGAAGAGGACGACGAGUUGGACGAGGAAGAUUUAGAAGACGACGAGGAUGAGGACGAGGACGAGGAUGAGGACGAGGAAGAUUUGGAAGAGGACGAAGAGAGUCGCGUGAGCAGCAGCGGUGCGCCGGUCGGUUCGGACGACCCGAGUCCCGUUCGCGCCGAUCAGCGACGUCGGCGUCGCAACAACAACGACGCCGCGCUCAAGAACAAACGCGCCCAAAAGAAGAAGAGAAUCGACUCGUCGUCAACGAACCAACGGCCAACGCCCGACGCGACGGCCGAAAAUGGCGAUCAGCCGACGUCGCCGGCCGAUUCUUCGUCCGGCGCAAUCAACGCCACGGCCAACAGCAACAACAGCAGCAGCAACAACAACAACAACAACAGCAAAGGGCGAGUGUUUACGUGUCCGGAUUGCGGCAAAGUGUUCAACGCUCAUUACAACCUGACCCGCCACAUGCCCGUCCACACGGGCGCUCGUCCGUUCGUCUGCAAAGUGUGCGGCAAAGGUUUCCGGCAGGCGUCGACGCUGUGCCGCCACAAAAUCAUCCACACGGCCGAGAAGCCGCACAAAUGCUCCACUUGCGGCAAGGCUUUCAACCGCUCGUCGACGCUCAACACGCACGUGCGCAUCCACGCCGGAUUCAAGCCGUUCGUGUGCGAACACUGCGGCAAGGGAUUCCAUCAGAAGGGCAACUACAAGAACCACAAGCUGACGCACAGCGUCGAAAAGGCCUACAAGUGCGUCGUCUGCAACAAGGCAUUCCACCAGAUCUACAACCUCACUUUCCACAUGCACACGCACAACGACAAGAAGCCGUUCACGUGCCGCAUUUGUGGCAAGGGAUUUUGCCGCAAUUUCGACCUGAAGAAACACACCCGCAAACUGCACGACGCCCACCAACAACAACAACAGACAACAACAGACGGCCUCGUCUGCCAUGGCGGCAGCCAGCAGCGCCACCAUCAAUUCGUCUUUCAGCUCCAACGACGGCGAGCGCAGCAGCCUGGGCAGCAGCAACGGCGCCAGUCCCGUCCACCACAACCAGCCGCCGCGUUCCGUCGUCAAAACGUCGCCCUCGGUGGUCGAAUCGGUCAUGCCAUCACAUCCAUCGGGCGCCAAUCGAAUGGCCAGAGUCAGCGGAGUGGCCAACAAAGCGGCCGCCAAUCAAAACAAACUUCACCAUCCGCCGGAGGCGAUGACUCCGUUGGCCGCAUCGCUUCGCAGUCUUCACCAACACCUCUACCAUCAUUCGGCGCCGACCAUGCCUCCACUGUCAUUAGCAUCGCCCUACCACCCAUCAGCCCCAUCAGUCCCAUCAGCACCAGCACCACCACCACCACCAGACGCAUUUGAUGUCGACUGGAGGAUCGGUGGGAAACUCGUCGGCGUCGUCCAAUCGCAUCCCGACCGGAGGAGCGACCGCAACGGCUCCAUCCCGUUUGUUCCAGAUUUCUUCGCUGUUAUGACCUCCUUUUUAUUGACUAUUUCAUUUUUGUUUUGUUUUUGUUUUUUGUUUUCUUCUGAACCCUCUUUCAUGGCUUUCUCGCGCAAAAAAACAAAAAAACAAAAACCAAUUGUUGUUACAUCUUCCUUAUUCACAUUCAUAUUUUGUCCUUUCUUUUUUGAAAAUUGCUGAAUUUAUUCAUUGAUUCUAUCAUACACAUGUCUCUAUCGGGAAUAUAAACCACAAUGUACAGUACGCCCCAACGUCAAGUCUUUGAUUGUCAUCAUUCCUUACUCGAUCUCGCAUCUGCAAUGCGAUCAAGAUGGCCAACCGACUGCUGUGGGGCGAUAUGCCGGACAACCACCAACGACAACAACAACAACAACAUCGACAAAAAUGUAGAGUAUUAUAGCUGUCAACGACAGCCGCGUAUGUGAACGUUAACGAGCUCUGUUUGAUUGCUGCCCUAUAACACGACGUUUGGUCACGUCUAUAUAGUUAUAAUAAAAGACCUGACAUCAUCAUCCUCAUCAUCGGUGAAUAUUCUUUUGACCCGGCC